GCUGAGCGUACUUCCUUUGGCGCAAGCACGGCAGCCGCAGAAUAGCAGCAGGCUGGAGAGGAGGAGGCUUGUCACAUUUCCCUCCACCGCUGCUCAAGAUACUCACAGGAGGCAGGAAAAUGCACCGUGCGUGCAAAGUUGUGUGUUUAAAACGGCGGAUGACAACACGUCAUCGCUUCAAGGAGCCUUUCCUUGCGUAAUUUCGCAUCGGGUUUAUUCGUGCGCCGAUAUCCCCGUUUUGCAUCUUGUGUCCUCCUCGUCAUCCCAUCAUCAUCAUCAUCAUUAGAGAGAAAGGGGGAACAUCUGCAUGCUGCAGGAGUGAGAACAUUUGCUUCUAUGCUACAUCUCGGGUGAAGCCACCACAAAGCAAUGCCCUGGACUUCUUCACCUCCUGGGAAUUGAGCUCACGGUACAGUUCUCUGGGAUAUAGAUAGACUGCCAGCAUGUUGCAGCCCUCCAGAAGAGCAGGUGGCAGCCUGUUAAAAACAUCACCUCCUUGGAGUAAGGGUUUGGAAUGGGCCCUCUUCCUCGCCCUGUGCAUAGGUCUCCACUGGCCUCCGGGGACAUCAGGGUCAGCGCUAGACUGUCACAAGACUUGUAUCUGCGCCUCCAACAUCAUAAGCUGCUCUAAAAUGAACCUGACCAACAUUCCGACGGGGCUGCCGCUCUACGCCACCGUUCUGGAUCUCAGCUACAAUGAGAUCACAAAGUUGAGGUCAGAGUGGACUCCAGUGAAGCUCCCAAAGCUUCGCAACCUGCUGCUCAGUCACAAUGGCCUCCUCUUCCUGUCAUUAGAGGCAUUCAUUAAUGUGAAAUACCUGCGCUACCUGGACCUGUCCUCCAACAGCUUGCAGGAGCUAGAUGAGUUUGUCUUUGAGCCUUUGGUCAACAUAGAGGUUCUCUUGUUGUACAAUAACAAAAUUUACCAGAUUGACCGCUCAGCUUUUAUCACCAUGAUCAAUCUCCAGAAGCUCUACCUGAGCCAAAACCAAAUUUCCCGAUUCCCCGUGGAGCUUGUCAAGGAAAAAUCCCGUCUAGAAAAACUUAGCUUGCUGGAUGUGUCAUCAAACAAGAUUAAAAUGUUGCCCAUUGAUGAGCUUCAAGUCCUGCCAUCCUGGAUUAAAAACGGCCUCUAUUUCCACAACAACCCUCUGCUCUGUCACUGUGACCUCUACACACUUCUUGCACACUGGUACAUCCGAAAGCUCAACUCAGCCCUGGACUUCAAAGAUGACUUCACAUGUGUUCUGCCGGGCCCACAGAAGACCCAGGUGAAUGCUUUCGAUUUGAGCGGCGACAGCAUGAACUGCAGUACUUUCAAGGAGGCAGAACAAGAAGCUUUUCUUGAGCAGUCGUUGCUCCUCGGUUGCGACACCAAACACAGGAAUGUGUUAAAGACUUGGACACUUCCUGGUAAUGUGGCUGUGAUACCAACAAGCAACCAGACUGCUAAAGUCUUGCCAGGUGGCAGUCUUCAAGUUAGUCCAGUGAGAUUGGACGACUCUGGAACCUACACCUGUUUUGCCACCAGCGCGACCUUCAAUGAAACCAUCUAUGUGGUACUGAAGGUCCACAACUUUACCAUGCAUGGCAAUGGAGAGACCCUGAACACCGCGUACACCACAUUAGUCGGCUGCCUGGCCAGCGUGGUUCUGGUAAUCAUAUACCUUUACCUGACACCGUGCCGCUGCUUCUGCUGUCCCAAUAGGGGUAAAAAUCGGGGGGACGACAGCAUCCACUCAUCCAUGUUGAGCGUGACGCCGACACACGGGGACCCAGUGCUCAAGGCGGAGCUCAACAGGCAUGUGGCUUUCAUAGACUCUAAGGAGGCACAGGGACAAAAUGGCAAGCUGAACCCUAACGGGGAUGAGGACAAUGAUGACAUAGACGUUGAGGCCAGUUCACUUAUGAAGGGAAAGAGGAAGAAGUCAGUAGCAGACUCCAUUAGCUCGGUCUUCUCAGACACUCCUAUGAUGGUUUGAGAAGAAAGCUGACAGGAUAGCAGCAGCUUUUUUCAAAGGGAAUUGGGAGAAAACAAGUUGAAAUAAGAGCCUUUACGAAAGUGAACUGUCUUGUUCUCAACAAUUAGCCGGACUUUUCCAGCAUUCUAAUGUGUAGCACUUAAUUUAAUGCAUUUACUGUGAAGGAAGUGGGAUGUGGAGAACGGAAACUACUGACGUCUUGAGCAUUCACCCUGUGAUAGAUGAUAUUGCGCUAAUGUGGGGGGAAAAAAUGGGGGGCGGGAUUCUCAUAUCAUGAUAAGUGUUACAAAUACUAGAAUAAAUUGCUUCUUAUCAAGAACAUAUAGUAGCAUAGGAGACAGAUGGGCAUCAGCAGAACAUGAAUGCAUCUGCCAUCAACCUUGAGUCAUCCAUAGGGGAAGCAGGAUGCUAUGAUGCUGCAUUAUAUUAGAUAAAGUUAGCUUCAUCAGACAUUUUCCAAGAAAAUGUAGCAUAAACAUGUGCUCAGAAGUACUUCAUUGAACUAUUUGUAUGCGUAGAGGUAUAAGUAUAUUUUCCAUUGCUGUAUCGUGGAACAUGUCAUACUACUGCAUUUAAUAGAAAAUAACCAGGUAGACGCAAGUAAUUCCACAUGUGUAUCAGAAUAAUUGCCUCACAUCUACUUGAACUUAUGAAGCCUUACGUGAUAAAACAAAACAAAACACUGGUAACCUCCAGCAAACAAAUAUUCAGUGGCAGGACACAGUCUUGAUAUUAACCAUAUUGUUACAAGUAAUCCACACAUAUAGUUCAACUUGCUUUCACCUCAAUAUAAGGUGGAUGACUUUGAAUCUGUCACACACUUGUAUACGUACAGCAUUCUAAAUGUUAUCAACAUCUACGUAAGUGAGCUUGGAUCCCCUUUCCUGGAAAUUAAACACUAAUCCACCACUAAAUAACAUUUGAUCCAAACUCUAUAAAUGCAGGUAUUUACUUUUCAGCCUGAUUGGCAGGAAAUUAACCAUUGUUAAGUAAACAUACAGGUAUGGUCGUAUACCUGCAUUAUCUGGAAAUGUGCACUAGUGAGCGCACACGAAAAUCAUUUGAUGGUGUUAACUUUUAAAAGCUGCAACUGAAUUUAGUCAUUUAAUGGGAUAGGAUGUUUAAUUUGUUUCGGAUACGCUUAAUAAAUUAUUCAGGAACGAUCAUCUAAUGACUACAAUUAGACAGUGUCUAAAAAGAAGUAGGAAGAAGCAGAGUUUAUUUAAUCAUACCCAUUUUUCAAAACUUUAUAAACAACGGUUUAUAUUUUACAGGUUGACACUUACAAUAUAGCAUUCGUUUACAUUUUGUCAUUUAUAAUUUGUUCAUUUCCUGUGUUUAUGUGGCACCAUUUUCUAAUUAAAGUGACACCAAGAGAGAAUGGGUUGGAUAGACAUCUUAUAAAGGAAAUAAUAAGGAAAAGACAACACGGUACUAAUAAGCAAAUAUGAGUAUACGAAUUAAAAAACUGACUGCAUACAUCUUGUGCUACGAAAAAGAAAGAAUUUAAGACGUUAACAAAAAGAUUUAAAAAAUGGAAAUGUAAUACACGUAAAAGAAAAUAAUUACUGCUGUCAAAUGAUUACUUAUUUUAAUCAGAUUAAUCACACUUUUUUAUUUGGAUUAAUCGCAGGUUAUUACUAACUUGCAUAUCUUAAAGCAACUAAAGUUGCUUUAAACAGAAAUGCAAUUUUUACUGUCAGAAUGUCAUACAGGAACAUUUAAAACGUUUUACUUGGAUGCUCGACAUUUAUUUGCCCAUGACAUGGCAACAGUUUCAUUUUAAAGUCACGUCAGUAUUUAUUUUGAACACACCAGUCAUAGUCUUCUCGCUCAUUUUCGCACUGGCGUAUGCAUUGACCUAAUAAUCACUGACUGUAAAAACCAGUGCUGCCUUUUAAGUAACCAUCCAUUAGGCUGAAGGAGCAUGUUCAGUGAAAAUAAAUUGCAUGAUUAAUCUGCUUAUAUACAUGAGUACCGUAAUGUAUUUAUUUUAUUUAUUAUUUGUAUUAAUUUAUUUUUUUGUAUAAGGUGGCGACUUGUCCAGGGUGUACCCCGCCUUCCGCCCGAAUGCAGCUGAGAUAGGCUCCAGCACCCCCCGCGAUCCCAAAAGGGACAAGCGGUAAAAAAUGGAUGGAUGGAUGGUAUUAAUCACAUGAGUUAACUCAUUAUUUGACAGCCCUAAAAAUAACAAAGUUAAUGAAUAUAACAUUUCACAAGUUAGAAUAAGCAAAUAUAUCAAGCGUUUACUGGAGUAAAAAUAUUGACAAAAAAAAUAUCUAAAUAAAUGGCCAAUAUAGACUGAGCAGUCAUGAAAGGGAGUAUACUGUAGGUAAAUAAAUAAUGCUGAAAAACACGUUCUCGACAUGAAUAGGGGCACAAUGUAAUCAAACCGUGGCAUAUGUGAGUGAUAAUACAAGGCUAAGAUGAACGGUUCUCAGAUGGGUUUCAUUCCCCCUCUGCUGUGUAUGCCUUUGUGUCUCAUGAGUCACACAACACAAAAGCUAUUGUCUCAGGCUCAAUUCAGUUCUUAGUAUGUGUGUGUUUGUGUGUGUGCAGCCCUCAAACAGCAAUCAGUCAUCCAGGAAAUUAAUGUGAUGCCCUUUUGGGAGUAUGUGAUAUGCCCACAGCGUUUAUUGAAUGUUUGUUCUUUAAAUGAAUAUUAAUUGCGGGGAAGAAUAUGGUAAUGUCAAAAUGAAUGACACACAUGUUGAACUGAAAUCAGUGUAGCCCUUUAAAAGGUGCUUUGGGGGAAAUGGAUGAAAUGUUCUCAGCAUUUCCAAUGUGCGUGUGAAGAGGAAGUCACACUUGUCAGAGAGGUGGUGCGUGCAUCAUGCCUUCCUACAUAUUGCCAUAUAGUAUAUGUAUUACCACUAUCUGUGUUCAGUAUUGAUUAGUUGUACAGCUAUGUUGUACCAGUGUACUGACUGUAUUGUUGUAUAAUCUUACCUUAUUGCUCAUUUGGUCUGCUGCUGUGCUACUUGUCUUGAUUUACACGUUUAUUUUUCAAAUGGGUUGGGGUUCAGUUUUCUAUGGAAAGAUGGUGUAUUUUACAUUUGUUGAAUCAGAAAAAACAUUUGGACAUUUAUGAAAAAGGCCUGACAUCCUGACAGGCAGUGAGUAUGUAGCCGCAAGUUAUUUUUAGCAGACAAGGUCAAAGAGAACGUACCGUGCUCUGGCAGUGAUCAGGCCAUGUCUGAUGAGCCGUGAAUAAUAUAAUUUGGCCCUUUAGAAUCACAUCUUUUGUAGAUAACACUAUUUUUGUCAAAAAAGCAGCACACAUUAUUUACUACAAUGAUUUUGGAUGGAUCUAAAAUAAGAAAGAAGGCGAUACAAAAACGGCUGCAUCCAUUCAUGAAAAUAUUUGGCAAUAAUCACGGAUAAGUGGCAUUAGUGUGGUCUCUGACAUUCAAUAUCUAUAUUUUUCAAACUUUAAAGUAGCAAGUAUGCAAACAUUCCUGAAGUGAUGUGGUUGAAAGCCUUUCCCCCACAUUCGCCAGUCCUCCAUAUAAAUAUUUUAAAAGCAGCAGAGUUAAUUGACCACCAUCGCAAAGAUAAGUUGGCUGGCCAAAUGUAGAAUGGCUUUGCAUGGUAUGCUUUACAGCAAGGGUCUCCAACAAGUAGGAACGUUAAAUAUAUCAAACUUUCAUUUGCUACAAUUUUGAUGAUCAUGGUUUACAGUUUUUGCAAACCCAAAAUGUUCAAUUGGUUUUCAAAAGCUGUAAGCCACAGUCACCAAAAUUAUAUCAAAAGAAGUCUUGAAAUAUCUUUAGUUGCAUGUUGUGAGCCUAAGUCAUUAUUUUCACCUUGGAAAUUUAAUUGUUAGAAUAACUGAACUUUUUUAAGUUACCACUGUAAAACACUUAAAUAAAAACAAUACAAUUUAAACGUUGCUUGGCAUAAACAUAUCCUCUUUUUUUGCCAAAGUAGCUCUAAGAGGGAUGAAAGUUGGAGACCCCUGUUUUAGCACUUCUUUGGCUGCAGGCAUUAGAGGUAUUACUUGAUGAAAUAAACGACUGACCUUGACACACUGUGCUGCCUCUAUAUUUUACUGCUUGUAAUAAAUAAAUGAUAAAUGGGUUAUACUUGUAUAGCGCUUUUCUACCUUCAAGGUACUCAAAGCGCUUUGACAGUAUUUCCACAUUCACCCAUUCACACAUUCACACACUGAUGGCGGGAGCUGCCAUGCAAGGCGCUAACCAGCACCCAUCAGGAGCAAGGGUGAAGUGUCUUGCCCAAGGACACAACGGACAUGACUAGGAUGGUAGAAGGUGGGGAUUGAACCCCAGUAACCAGCAACCCUCCGAUUGCUGGCACGGCCACUCUACCAACUUCGCCACGCCGUCCCCACGUCUUGUGUGGGAACCUUUACCAUUUAGAUUAAGCUGACUCAACAUUCACCUGACAUAGUAAAUGUAGUUUAGUGCAGUAGUUGUUUUCAUUUAACAAAUGGUAAAAUUGUAUGAUAAGUAAAUUCUAAGACUGGACGCCACCUAGUGGUAGAAUGAUAUCAGUCACCAGAGUUGUGAAUUGUUUUGCCAUAAAAUGUUGUUUACUUUCAGCAGCUUUUAAAUAUUGAGGUAUUCUUUCACGGUAAUACACAUGAAGACAUGAAGAAAAGCAAACAUUUCAUAACAAUAGGCUGGCAUAGUAAUGUGCUGGGGAAACUCACUCACUCCAUACUUCAGACAUAGUAACUACACAUUCAUGCCACCACAGACAACGUUGGCAGCAGCUGCAGGCGUCUUCUUCAAGAUGUCUUUUUCUCCUGAAUAAAGAACACAUUGUCACUGCAUAUUUAUAUUUUGAUUGUAAGGGAGGCAUACUCUACUGUUAUUCACGCCUGAGCAUGACACACAGCAUGCAUAUGCAGGAAGAAAGUAUUCAUUAGGAUGGACGAUGCAGUCCUGAUCCGAAUUAAGUAUGUGCUUGUGUAUAUACUAAUGAAGUGUCUCAUGGGUACACAAUAAUUUGUGGCAUUUAAAAAAUCAGUCACAUGCAAGCACACAGGUAUACUUACUAUUUGGGAUGCUGGUCUUUUCUCAGGGCUUCUUGACUGCACUUCCCCAAUGCUCUCUCCUUUCCAAGAGAUGGGGCAGUUUAGGGAGGACAAACGCUGACACUUGAGAGGCUGGGAUUCACUGCAACUUUUUCUCUUUUUACCUAGAGGUCUUUGGUUAGAGCCUGAUAUUUUGUGCUUAACAUGCGGUGUCGCCGCUUUAUCAGGGGACAAUAAAGCAGACUGCCGCACUAAAGCUGACACAGGUCUCUUUGAGGGCUGUAAAGGAAGAGGAUGGCAUGUCUUUUUUCCAUGUGAGAGGUGACCAUUAACUGGUCCUUGGGAGGAUGUCACCUGAGGUUGGCGCUUGUCUGUGCUACAUCUUGAGGCUGUUUCCUCACUACUGCACGACAGCUCAUUUUGCGAUAAAUUGGAGCCGGGUAACCCGAUAGGGUUUCGUAGUCUGGCGGGUCGUUUUGCAGAGGUAUUGGAUGGUAGUUUAGUGCUCCGUGACUUUUUUUCAAGUUGUCCCAGUGAGGCACAGGCAAGGCUGAGGGUGCCAGCGGUAUGGGAACGUCCAGACACAUUCUUGGCAGACUCUGUGACGUGAUGAGACCUGAGACCUGAUGAUGCUUGAGGUAUUUUCCUGCAAAUUAAAGGGUCAACAUGAUUAGGCUGCCAUUUGUAACUCAUGUAAAUGAAAGCAAAACUUAACCUCCGAUCCAACAACUGAAUUUAACUGAAGAACUGGUUUCACUGACACGUACAAUCUAAAGUGUCUAGAAUUGAAGUUAAAGCUGAAGAACUAUGAAUUUGCUGGCGGUUCAAUUCUCAGCAACGUCAGUUUCCGAAUGAGUUUAUCACUGUAAGCAUUAAGUUUAAUAAGGUAACAUAUGCUGUAGUUAUUCUCUAUUAAACGGCCACCAGAAAACAAUAGCUGUGUGAUAGAGUUGUCAAAAAAAAGAGAAUUCCUUAAAAGUAGAAAUAAAAAAAUGAACUAAAUCUCUGAUCUGUUACAUUGUUUUGUCAUCUUCCUCUUUAAGCUGAAAUGCCAUUUCCCUAAGGUGACAGAAAAAUAUACAACCUGCCAUAUCAUAAAUACUAGCAUGUUGGCAAAACACAAACACACAAUACAAUAAAACACAUUAUACAUGUGUAAAUUUAACUAGCAAAACUGGUCAAACAUUUAUUAUGAUUGUUAUUUCCAAGAGCCAUACCAGAUGCAAGAAUUGCUGUUUGUAAUUAUACAUUUGGCCAGCAGGUGGUUUCUUGUGCCGAAGCAUGCCAUCCAUCCAUCCAUUAUCUAAAGCAGUGGUUCUCAACCUUUUUUCAGUGAUGUACCCCGUGUGAAUUUUUUUUUAAUUCAAGUACCCCCUAAUCAGAGCAAAGCAUUUUUGGUUGAAAAAAAGAGAUAAAGAAGUAAAAUACAGCACUAUGUCAUCAGUUUCUGAUUUAUUCAAUUGUAUAACCGUGCAAAAUAUUGCUCAUUUGUUGUGGUCUUUCUUGAACUAUUUGGAAAAAAAGAUAUAAAAAUAACUAAAAACUUGUUGAAAAAUAAACAAGUGAUUCAAUUAUAAAUAAAGAUUUCUACACAUAGAAGUAAUCAUCAACUUGGGGAUUGUAAUAGAGAUCCAUCUGGAUUCAUGAACUUAAUUCAAACAUUUAUUCACAAAAAAAGAAAUCUUUAACAUCAAUAUUUAUGGAACAUGUCCACAAAAAAUCUAGCUGUCAACACUGAAUAUUGCAUUGUUGCAUUUCUUUUCACAGUUCUUUUUGACAGACAUUUUUAAAAAAUGUCACGUACCCCUUGGCAUACCUUCAAGUACCCCCAGGGGUACGCGUACCCCCAUUUGAGAACCACUGAUCUAAAGCAUGCAUGAAGCUUAAAACAUUCUCAAACUAACUGCUUCAAUGCCUCAUAAGGCUUCAUCUGACCAUUACUAAAUAUUGAUAACAAGUGCAAAAAUUUGAUUUUAGCUUGUGUACCUACUGUCCCCGUGGAGACACUCAUUUCCCUCCACAUUUAUGGCAUCAUAUGGCCCAACCUUUGGCGUUUCAUUAUGUUGUUGACGCGCAGAACACAAAUAUUAGAUAUAUAGACAUUUUCUAGGCUAUAUUGAAGCGCGGCCCAGACAAUAAAAUCUACUUUAUGGAGGUUGGAGGUGCGCUCUGACAGGCGCUGUGGUGUUGCGAUGGUGCAUUUGGAAUCAUCCAGACAUUAAAAAAAGGCAUAUUGCAGGAAGUUCUUUCAUACAGGAAAAUACACGGUGACACCCCUCAUUGUACGAACAUUUCGAUUUACGAACAACAGACCAAAUAAAAAUAUGCUUUAAGUCUUGUGUACAAGUGUUUUAUCCACCCAUUUGUGUGCCUGCAGCGCAGCAAUUUUGUGCCCGGCAGCACAUUCAUUGUGGGCAGCCUGAUCGAUCUCCGGUGCUCACGGCUUAUCCAGUCAGCAAAGUGCUGCUGU